UCCUGUUGUCAUUUAGUCGUAAAACAAGCAACAGAAACAACAGGGAUACACUAACCAGGGUCCUUCUAGCUUCCAAUUUCAAGGUUUCAGGUUGUCAUAUUUUUGUGAGCUGUACACUUAAAAAAGGGGCACACGAAUCAAGGAACAUAUUGAAAAGAUUAUUCGAGAUGGCUCACAACCGGCGAUACGAUCAUUACGAGGUGGAAGCAGUUUUCAAGAAAAUGCCGACUUUUAACGAUGACACGAUUGACGUCACCGAUCUGAACGUCUUCUUUGCCAAUAUGAACUACACCUGCACUGAUGAACAGAGAGCCGCAUACAACAAAUAUUUGCGUGACUAUCACAACAGAAAACUUCCUUUGGAUCUUGCCGUCGCAUGUUUGGCAGUAAUUGACGACCCGAAAGAAAUGAUGCGUCACAAUGUUACUGCCCUCGAUCAAAAUAAGGAUGGAAUCAUAGAUGAAGCCGAGUUCAAGUGUAUCGUCCAAUUGUUAUUGGUUCAUGAUCCGACCUUCCCAAAAGUGGAUUAUGCCAAGUUCUUUGAAGAGGCUGACACCGAUGGGGAUGGGCAAGUUACGAUUGAAGAAGCGGUGGAAUGGAUUGGCAAAAACACGAAAAAAUAAACCGUUGCAUAUGUAUUUUCCAGACACUGAUCUGGAGUUUUUAAGACAACCAGCAUGCAAAGCUAAUAAAGAUAUGCGUACAUAUGUAUUUCAUAUUUAACUGCUGACUUAAUGCUUAUAAUUUGGGCAAGGAUAGUGAUUAAAAUUCAUGAAUUAUGCAAUUUACUUUUUUAUUCAAGUAUAUUAGUUACCUGGUCUGUCCAAACGUUUAAUUUUGAGUACCCUUGUGUUAACCAGCAGUUUUUGUACAUAAUACUUAUUAAGAAAGUAGUAUAAUAAAACUUCAAUAAAAAUCUGCA